UCAACUAAUAAUACAGCUUCAAUUCUUCUAGCCUCCUUGAGAGGACCUUAUGCUAAAAGAAAGAAGAAGCAAAGGUAAGUUGAUAAACAUCUCCUUCAAAAUGUAUUCUUGAGUUUUCUAGUGGAUUGCAAGUUGCAAAUCUGUUGGUCUUCUCAGUUGAACUGCAAAUGCUCUGUGUGUUCAUGGCAGCUCUUGUGAAGCAUAAAUUGCCCCUAUUUAAAAAGCUCACAUGAGAACCAUGAACAAUCCUUCUUCAAGCCUUUUGUCCUUUUCAAUUUACUCCACAUCACCAAAAUAACAUGCUGUUCAGUGCAUGUGCAAUAAAUUCAAAGAAUGAAUUUCUUUUGGUUAAUUCCAAUAACAUUUCACAUACAAGCAUACUCAGUUAGAACUUCAAUUUGCAAUAUCUCUCCUUAAUUACUAUUCUUUUCUACCAUGAUUGAGCAUCAACUUCCAGCUAUGUUUCUGAGUCUAUAAAUGCCCUACAGCUUCUGUUUUUGUGAGCUAUACUGGAAAAGGGACCUUCAAGCCCCACACAAGAAACCCUCCAAAAAAAAGAUACUUUUUCCUACACAUUUAAACUCCAUAUAUGCCAAAUGACAUUCACAUGUCUUUGUUUCUAGUGAAAAAGAUAAAUCUCUUCUACCUUUUGUUUACAGUUGGAUCUCACUUUUCUGCUGCUUAUCCAAACAACAGAACUACUCUUCUACUAUAUCAUAAUACUUUGAUUGCUAUUUACUAUAAUCCAACAGUUCAUUGAGGUGCAUAUAUCUCAAGUUUUUGUUUUCUUUUAUUUAAAAUUUUCCCUUCCAUCUCCCAAAAUUUUGCUGCCAUGAAUCCUGUAAUUCUCUUCUUUCUCUCAUCUUUGUUCAUCAAGUCACUGUCUUCAAGGGUUGAGCCAGCUAAAAACAAUGCCCAUAUCACUGUAAUGGGUUUUGUUUAUUGUGACAUCUGCUCCAACAACAGCUUCUCCAGACACAGCUACUUCUUACCAGGUGCAGGAGUUAAAAUAGACUGCAAGUUCAAAGCAACUUCACCGAAAAUCAGAGAACAAGUAUCAUUCUCAGUAAACAGAACCACGAAUAGGCAUGGAGUCUACAAGUUGGAAGUCCCUUCUGUUGAUGGAAUUGCAUGCGCAGAAGUGGCCAUGGAAUCUUCCUGUGAGGCAAGCUUAAUGUGGAGUUCUUCUAAAUCAUGCAACGUUCCUGGAUACAAAUCCACAUCAGAUCAGAUAACAAUCAAAGCCAAACAUCCCAAUCUCUGCAUUUAUAGCCUUAAUGCAUUGAAUUUCAGACCAUCAAAGGCUGAUCUUACCUUAUGUGGAAAAUAAGAAAAGAAGAAAGCUUUCUGUAGUUUUUUCCACCAUUUGUCACUGGUAUAUGGCUUUCUUCUGUCUAAAUUCCGUCUUUCCUUUGAAACAAGUGCAAUUUCCAUCAUGAUAUGCUUGCCCAGGUGAUCAUCAUUUGUUAAUGCAGUAUCUGGGGAGCUAAUUAUUAGUUCUAAAUAUUUUUAUUAUUUUUUUUCCUGCUGUUUAGGCUCCAACUGGGCUUCGGAAAACAGUCCAAAAUCACCGAGCUAAAGCUCAUUAGUAUUUUGUUGGUUUGUUGCAGCUUAUACUAAUGCAAUGUCUGAAUAGUUUGUGCA